AAUACAUAAGAAUUGUGAGGGGCUACAACCUGCAUCAAUCUUGUUGCUGCACACGAUGCUGUCUACGUUUACUGCGGGUGUAGCUGUUUCUUCUCACUUCCCUCCUUCAGUGUCUCCUGUUUUUCCCAGCAAUCUUGCUUUCUUCCCUGGCGAUGAGGGGAGAUCGAGUUUCCGUUCUUAUAAAGCUGGGAUAAUAUUGAAAUCCUCAAGCUUCCGGCCUAUAUUUUGUUCUUCCAGCGGAAACUCCCUGCCGGCUGGGGAGAACUUAUCCAGCUUUUGCAUUAUAGAAGGGCCAGAUACUGUUGAGGACUUUGUUCAGAUGCAGCUGCAGGAACUUGAUGACAACAUAAGAAGUAGACGAAAUAAAAUUUUCCUUCUCAUGGAAGAGGUGAGGAGACUGCGCAUACAACAACGAAUAAGAAGUGUGAAGUCCAACAAUGAGAGAAUUGAUGAGAACGAAAUGCCUGACAUGCCAUCAACCAUUCCGUUUCUUCCCAACACGACACCAAAGACUAUGAAGCAGCUGUACUCGACUUCUUUUUGCUUGGUUUCGGGCAUUAUCAUGUUUGGAGGUCUUCUUGCACCCAUGCUCGAGCUUAAACUAGGGUUUGGUGGCACAUCCUAUAAAGAUUUCAUACAGAACAUGCAUCUACCUUUGCAGCUAAGUCAGGUGGAUCCUAUUAUAGCUUCUUUUUCAGGAGGAGCAGUGGGUGUAAUAUCAGCACUAAUGCUUAUUGAAGCAAAUAAUGUUGAGCAGCAACAGAAGAAGAGAUGCAAUUACUGCCAAGGAACUGGAUAUUUGGCCUGUGCCAGAUGUUCUGCCAGUGGUAUUUGUGUAAACACUGAAUCUGCUUUAGUUGCUGGCAUUCGUGAUGAUCCUUUUCAAACUCCUACAACUCGAAGAUGCCCUAAUUGCUAUGGGGCUGGUAAGGUAAUGUGCCCAACUUGUCUCUGCACUGGGAUGGUAAUGGCAAGUGAACAUGAUCCUCGUAUUGAUCCAUUUGAUUAAGACUUGCUCGCUUUUUCGGGGCACAGAACUUGCAGCUUCACUGAAGUUCAAUAUUUCUCUCAAGUGGUAGAUAGCCGUUGUUGUAAUAUCUGUUACUCUAUUUAAAUUUUCUCCAAGUCUUGUAGCAACUAAAUAUUUAUAUUAUGAUUGCAUUACAG